AACUCACGCCUUCCUCCAUUCCUCCUUUUUCAUCUUCAAUCUUGCUUUUGCAGCUUCUUGCAACGAAACUAAAUGAAUCGACAACCUCUGCAGGAGUCCAUGGACUACUCUCCUUCUACGGAGAGAGUUCUAUGUCAUCAGCAGAACCUCUGUCCCAGGGGCCAUUGGAGGCCAGAUGAGGAUGCCGAGCUCCGGGAGUACGUCGCAAGGCACGGUCCCCAUAAUUGGAACCUGAUCGCUGAGAAACUACAGGGCAGAUCAGGGAAGAGCUGCAGGCUGAGAUGGUUCAACCAGUUGGAUCCGAGGAUCAACAGGAAAGCCUUCUGCGAGGAAGAAGAGGAACUGCUUUUGGCUGCUCAAAGGGAGUUCGGCAACAAGUGGUCAUUCAUUGCCAAGCUCUUUCCUGGAAAAACUGACAAUGCAGUGAAGAACCAGUGGCAUGUGAUCACGGCAAGGAAGAAGAGAGAACUCCCAAACUCCACUUCUCAGAGGAGGAAGAGAAGGAGGACGACGACGAUAAACAACACGAAUGCAUUCAGUGGUACCGAUUCGAGCAUCAGCAACCGCAGUACCUGCAGAGAAUCUGCUGCUUCUACUUGCACGGACCAAUCUCUCGACUGUUUGCCUUACGGUGGCAAAAACCAUCACGGGAGCGAAGGCAUGAGGGUGCCCUUCUUUGAUUUCUUAGGAGUUGGAGAAAUAUACAAGUUUAGAAAAUAAUUUCGUUCAAUUAGACAGCAACAGAAUUGAUUGGUUGCUGAAGGAACUUUUGAUCCUAAUUUUCUCCUAUCUGUACUGUACUUC